AUGGCGACAAUGGAGGUGGAGGCAGCCGCCGCCACGGUGCUGGCUGCCCCCUUGCUGUCCUCCUCUGCGAUACUCAAACUGCUGCUAUUCGUAGUGACGCUCUCGUACCUGGCCCGAGCCCUGAGCCGGCCACGCAAAACCACCACUAAGUGCAGCAGCACAACGUGCGCCUCCCCGGGCGUUGGCAACCCGCCGCUCCCGCCCGGGCCCGUGCCGUGGCCCGUCGUCGGCAACCUGCCGGAGAUGCUGCUGAACAAGCCGGCAUUCCGCUGGAUCCACCAGAUGAUGAGAGAGAUGGGCACGGACAUCGCAUGCGUCAAGCUCGGCGGCGUCCACGUCGUGUCCAUCACCUGCCCAGAGAUCGCACGGGAGGUGCUCCGGAAGCAGGACGCAAACUUCAUAUCCCGCCCGCUCACUUUCGCGUCCGAGACGUUCAGCGGCGGCUACCGGAACGCUGUGCUCUCGCCCUACGGCGACCAGUGGAAGAAGAUGCGCCGCGUCCUCACCUCCGAGAUCAUCUGCCCGUCUCGCCACGCGUGGCUCCACGACAAGCGCGCCGACGAGGCCGACAACCUCACCCGCUACGUCUACAACCUCGCCACCAGAGCCGCCGGCGACGUCGUCGACGUCAGGCACGUUGCUCGUCACUACUGCGGCAACGUCAUCCGCCGCCUCAUGUUCAACAUGCGCUACUUUGGCGAGCCCCAGCCUGACGGCGGGCCCGGGCCGAUGGAGGUGCUGCACAUGGACGCCGUGUUCACCUCCCUCGGCCUCCUCUACGCCUUCUGCGUCUCCGACUACCUCCCAUGGCUGCGGGGCCUCGACAUCGACGGCCACGAGAAGAUCGUCAAGGAGGCUAACGAGACGGUGAACAGGCUCCACGACACGGUCAUCGACGACCGGUGGAGGCAGUGGAAGAGCGGCGAGCGGCAGGAGAUGGAGGACUUCCUGGAUGUGCUCAUCACGCUCAAGGACGCCCAGGGCAACCCGCUGCUGACCAUCGAGGAGGACAUCACGUUCGCGGCGGUGGACAACCCGUCGAACGCCGUGGAGUGGGCGCUGGCAGAGAUGGUGAACAACCCGGAGGCGUUCCGGCUGCACCCGGUGGCGCCGUUCAACGUCCCGCACGUCGCGCUCGCCGACACCACCAUCGCCGGCUACUGCGUCCCCAAGGGCAGCCACGUGAUCCUAAGCCGCACGGGGCUGGGCCGCAACCCGCGCGUGUGGGACGAGCCCCUGCGCUUCUACCCGGAUCGCCACCUCGCCGCCGCGUCCGAUGUCGCACUCACUGAGAACGACCUGCGGUUCAUCUCCUUCAGCACCGGCCGCCGCGGCUGCAUCGCGGCGUCGCUCGGCACCGCCAUGAGCAUCAUGCUCUUCGGCAGGCUCCUGCAGGGGUUCACCUGGAGCAAGCCGGCCGGGGUCGAGGCCGUCGACCUCAGCGAGUCCAAGAGCGACACCUUCAUGGCCACCCCGUUGGUGCUGCACGCCGUGCCGAGGCUGCCGGCGCACCUCUAUACCCGGCCAUCUCCGUCUGAUUAA